ACGUGAGAUAGACAAGCCGGAAGCCGGAGGAGGCGGGCCGGGUUCUUUCCUAGUGUCCGAAGGGGUCCAAGGGGGGAGGGGGUCUGAAAUCCUUAGGUCUCGUGCCGCCGCCGGGAUGGAGCGGGCGCGCGCGGCGGGGGAGCGGCUCUUGCGGCGCGUGCGCGGGGCCGAGGCGCUGCGCGAGGCCUGCCGGCAGUACCCGCUCUUUUGCUGCCUCCUCCUGGGGCUCAGCGUGGCCACCAUUCUGCUCAGCAGGUACCUUCAUGUUUUAAUGAUCUUCUGGUCAUUUGUGGCAGGCGUUGUGACAUUCUAUUGUUCCUUAGGUCCGGAUUCUCUGUUACCAAACAUUCUGUUUACAAUAAAACAUAAAACCAAGCAAUUAGAAUUUCAAGAGCCGUAUGCCCAAGGGCUCAGCUGUGAUGUAUGUGGUAACAUCAAGUGUAAUAGACAUAGGCUUGCAUUGCUGCUAGAAAAUUAUCAGCCAUGGCGAGACCUGAAUGUUCCCUCUAAAGUUGAUGCUUCACUCUCAGAGGUGUUUGAGCUGUUGCUGGAUAACUUUGUUUAUCCUUGGUACAGGGAUAUAACUGACGAUGAAUCUUCUGUGGAUGAACUAAGAGCAACUUUAAGAUUUUUUGCAUCUGUGGUAGUACGCAGAAUUUACAAGGUGGAUAUUCCAACAGUUAUAACAAGGAAAAUGCUGAAGGUAGCCAUGAAGCAUAUAGAAGUAAUAGCCAAAGCUAGACAGAAAGUGAAAAACGCUGAAUACUUACAGCAGGCUGCUUUGGAAGAGUAUGGUCCAGAGCUCCAUGUGGCUUUGAGAAGUAGGAGAGAUGAACUACAUUACUUAAGGAAACUUACUGAGCUUUUGUUCCCCUACAUUCUGCCUCCAAAGGCAACAGUCUGCAGAUCAUUCACCUUACUUCUAAGAGAAAUUCUCUCUGGUUCUGUCCUCCUUCCCUCCAUGGAUUUCUUAGCUGAUCCGGAUACUGUGAAUCAUCUGCUACUCAUCUUCAUUGAUGACAGUCCUCCUGAGAUAGCAACAGAGCCUGCAUCAGCAUUGGUUCCCUUUCUACAGAAGUUUGCAGAGCCCAGAAAUAAGAAGCCCUCAGCCUUGCAAUUGGAAUUGAAAGAGAUCAGAGGCCACCAGGAUCUUUUCUUUCUCUUCAUGAAUUUUUUGAAAAAAGAAGGAGCAGUGCACGUAUUGCAGUUUUACCUUGAUGUAGAGCAAUUUAAUGACAGAAUUUUACAGCCAGAAUUGUCUGAUGAUGAAAUGAUGUCCCUUCAUGAAGAAGUAGUGAAAAUCUACAAAACAUACUGCUUGCAUCAAAGCAUUGACAAAAUUAAAUUUGAUCCUUUCAUUGUGGAAGAGAUACAGAGUAUUGCUGAAGGACCCUAUGUUGACGUUGUUAAACUGCAAACAAUGAGAUGCUUCUAUGAAGCCUUUGAACAUGUUUUUUCCCUCUUAGAGACUGUCUUCAUACCUAGAUUCUGCCACACUGAUGAAUUUUUCAGGUAUCUCUUAAAAGAAGAUGAAUCCCCAACGCGCAAUUCCAAAUCAAACAAGAGUUCCCAGAAGAAAGGAGAGUCUGGAAUCAGAAGUAUAAGUAGCAAAAUCAAAGGAGUGUUCAAGAGUACCACAAUGGAAGGGGCUGUGCUGCCCAGCUAUGGCCUCGGUGAAGGAGAGGAUGACUUUAUUGAAGAAGGCAUUAUGGUAAUGGAAGAUGAUUCUCCUGUGGAAGCACUUAGCGCGCCAAAUACACCUCGUAAUCUUGCCGCUUGGAAAAUUACCAUUCCAUAUGUGGACUUCUUUGAAGAUUCCUAUGAAAGGAAAGAGAGAAGGGAGAGAAUUCCAGUAUUUUGCAUUGAUGUGGAGAGGAAUGACAGAAUGGCAGUUGGGCAUAAACCUGAGCACUGGUCUGUUUACAGAAGGUAUCUGGAGUUUUACGUCCUUGAAUCAAAGCUAACAGAAUUUCAUGGUACAUUUCCUGAUGCUCAGCUUCCUUCAAAGAGGAUCAUUGGACCAAAGAACUAUGAAUUCCUAAAGUCAAAGAGAGAAGAGUUUCAGGAAUACCUGCAGAAACUUUCUCAACAUCCAGAACUAAGCAACAGCCAACUUCUGGCUGACUUCUUGUCUCCCAAUGGUGGUGAAACACAAUUUCUUGACAAAAUGUUGCCUGAUGUAAACCUUGGCAAAAUUAUAAAAUCUGUUCCUGGAAAACUAAUGAAAGAGAAAGGCCAGCACUUGGAGCCAUUUAUUAUAAAUUUUAUUAAUUCCUGUGAACCUCCUAAGCCUAAGCCAAGUAAACCAGAACUUACUAUUCUCAGUCCUACGUCUGAAAACAACAAAAAGCUUUUUAAUGAACUCUACAAGAACAAUGCAAACCGUUCAGAGAACUUAGAGAGAAGACAAAAUCAGAACUACUUUAUGCAAAUGAUGACUGUUGAAGGAGUCUAUGACUACUUAAUGUAUAUUGGUAGAGUGGUUUUCCAUAUACCUGACUGGCUUCAUCACAUCCUGAUGGGAGGGCGGAUUCUCUUCAAAAACACCUUAGAGGCAUACACUGACUAUUACCUGCGGUACAAGCUAGAGCAGCUCUUUCAGGAGCACCGUUUGGUGUCACUUAUCACACUUUUAAGAGAUGCUGUGUUCUGUGAGAACUCUGAGCAUCGGCCUCUUCAAGAUAAGCACAAACGAGCAAAGCAGACCUUUGAUGAAAUGAUGAAAUACAUUCCAGAUUUGAUAGGGAAGUGCCUUGGAGAGGAGGCCAAAUACGAAGGCAUCAGACUUCUGUUUGAUGGAUUACAGCAGCCAGUGCUUAACAAACAGUUAACGUAUGUUCUUCUGGAUAUUGGAAUUCAGGAGCUAUUUCCAGAGCUGAGUAAUGAGAUGCCCUAGGACUUGCGGCUGAUGUUAACAUCCCCUUCUGCUGCCUUGUCCCAUUUCCUUUAUCAUCUAUGAAACAUCCUGGGUCCAGAUGGAUCCAAAGAUCUGCAAGGAGAAGAAACCCAACCGUGGCUCCCUUCCUUGAAUUGCUGAGCUAGGGCAAGGCUUUGGAUGGCAACAGUCCAUGUGCCAGGGCUUCAGCAUUGCUUUUGUUGGCAUGCAGCCUGAAACAGGAGCUGUACUUCUGUACAAACAGAAGAACAAAUGGAUUUCAGUUCUCGUACACAAGACUCAUGCAUUAAGCCAGAAAAGCCCUUUGUGACCACAGAAGAAGCCUUCUGAGGAAGGAGGGGCACUUCUGGAACCUCCUCAGUAAUUUUGAUUUUUAUGGGUCUUGCCCAUUGUUUAUAAGAGUGAGUUUUACUGGUUUCUGAGAAGCACAGAGAACAAUUUUAUUGAGCACUGCGCAAUUGAAGAAUUGGACAAUGGACCAACCAAAGUCCCCUUUUCUCCAUUAAUCAACCUUUGAUCAGAUUUCUCUGGAGAUUGACAAGCAAGAUAAAAACAGAACCAUUCCUUAUUGUGUAUCCCAACAGUACCAUUACAAAUAGUAAUAAUUCUGAUUACCAAUAUGGAAUUACCAUAGUUAUCGAAUGAUCCAUUCUCUAUGCAUUUGACUCGGCCUUUUAAAGCAAUGUGCCCUAGCUGUUAUUGCAAGUUAUUAUGACAAUACAUUUUUUUCACAGAAUCUGAAAUACACAUUGCAGAGAUUCUUUUAUUGGGUCAAAUGAAAGACACACAGUGCAUCAUACUUCAUCAGGCAAAGAUGGUUAAAAAUCAUGUAGGGAAAGAAAAGCAAUGAUAUUGAGGUCAUAAGUGUGCAUCUUGCUUCAUGUAUUUACUUGAGAUGGUCUUGGUGGAAGUGCAGAUAGAGGCCAACACUGUCACUCUCCCCCCCCCCCCCCCCACACACACACAUACUUGUUUUAACAUCUUAGAAUGAUUAAGAAGCUAUUUGGUUUUGAAAGCUAGCAUGAUAUAUUUUGGCAAGAUUAAGAAAGAAAUCACCAUAACACGUAUUUCGGAUUUUGUUGUAAACAUAGCUACCCUUACAUUUUUUCCACAUGGUGCACCAUGAAAUGAAAAUGUCUUUACCCUGUCAGACUUUGUUUUUAUAAAAAAGAAUAUUUCCCCUAUUUAUGAUGUUUUAUUUAUUGUUUCCUCACCACAGGGUCAUUU